CGGGAGCCACGUAGCCGAGACCCCUGCUUUAAAUUAGUGAUCAAUGAAAACUGUCAUUCCGGAAUUAACUUGAAAGAACGGCCACAUAAUGUGUAAUGAAAGAGGGACCCGAAAUGAAGAUAAGGUUAUGUUGUUGUAAACAAAAACAAACCGAAUUCAUAGCCUUGUUGAGUACAGCCAUUUUAACUGCUUGCAUUUGUUCCCACUGGUUCCUAGGUUCUAGGUUAUUUGUUUACCUUUACCUACUCAUUCAUGAAGAUUUAACAAUGACAUUGAAGGCUUUCCUGUCAAAUAACAUUUAUUGCUGUUUUUAUAAACAAGUAGAGUUCAAAUAUGGUUAAAAAAGAGGCAAGUAAAGGAAGAGAGUGGGAGAAAGGGCGAAGAGAUGUGUUAAACCAAACUUUCAACGAACUGCAUCAGGCGCUACCGAGUUAUGUUGUAGGGCAGACCCUUAGUAAGAAGACCAUUCUAAUUCAAGCACUUGCAUGCAUUCGUGAGCUUCAACAAACGAGGAAAGGAGAUGCAGCAGAUGACCAGGUGUUCAAAUCAGACCACUACAAAAAAUGGGUCCAAAACAUUCUUACUAAGUUCAACCACCUUCUAUCUUUCCUGAACACAAUUAACAUUAAGGUGCCAGAAGACUGUUUAUCUAUUGAUGCACCACCACCAGGCAUAGGCCCUGAUAUACUACAGCUGUUGUCUAAACAUGAAAAAGCAAGACUGUCCAUUGGAAUUUCUAGUCAAGAGAAUAAAUCUCAUGGGGCACAGAAUGCUGAUGAAGUCAAGAAAAGUGAUUUGUCAAAUGAUCUUUACUCUGCAUCUUCAUCAAGCCAUUGCACUGGAAGCAGCCCAAAGAAAAAAGUCUACAGCAGCAGUCAAUGUGGUAAAGCGUCCCAGAGUGAGAACUUAAUUAAUGAGUCAAGUGAAAGUUUGAUAGCAAAUCCAUCUGUAGUUCAGAGUCGUCCUUUGGUUGUGCAAUCAUCUUCUAUUCAAAUGCCUUCUCAGCUUUUAUUUACAUCUAACAGUUCCAACUCACCUCUACCAUUACUUGUUUCUGUUACUGGAGUUAAGACUGUCAAUCCUUUCAUACUAGUUCAAAGUAAUAUUAUGGCACCAAACCCAUCAGCACCUCAAAAACUUAUGAGGUCAGGAAGUAGUCGCCCUAUUCAACCAUGUCCAACAAGUAAAAUAUCAAGAAAACCACCCAAAAUACCCAUUCCUUCAUUGAAGCAAAAAUUAUUACUCAGUGGCUUUUCUCAUCCUCAUAGUACUCAGCUAAAGUGUUUAAAAAAGAACUUAAGGAGAAAUUCAUCAAAGUCAUCUCCUGAAAUUAAAUCUGAAAAAGCCAUCAGGAAGAACAAAGUUCAAAAAGUAAAGCGACCCUCAAACUCUACCAAUGCUACUAGUAUGUUGGUAGUUAGCAAAUCGAAGAAAAAUUCUACAUGUGAUAUGCAUGUUUCCAACAAAACUGAGCAAACAGUAGAUGGUAAACCUGUUGGUACUGUCUCCGAUGUAAACAAGGAGAAUAUUGUGCAAUGUGACCCCUCUAGCAAUGCAAAUGUUGAUGAAAGUACUGGAAGUGCAUUUGCUCUUAAAGACACACCUCUACCUGCAGAAAAUGGUGGAAGUGUGGCAGGUGAUAUGAGAGUACAUUCUGUGCCUGUAUGUAUUAUUGAGUCUCCAUCGGAAAAUCAAGAAACCAGUGCAAUAUCCACUGGGAAGGAAGGUAAUAACAUUUUAAAGAAAAUGACAUAUGAAUCAGAAGAUAUUAAUUGCAGUAAGUCCAAAAAAUGUGAAAAUAAGGCAAGCCAAGUAAAGUCAUCUCUUGAGCAUGGUGAAUCUCAUGCAUCAAAACCGACAAAAUCAAAUUACAGCAUAUCAGCACUUUGUGCAAGGCAGCAACUUUUGCAAAAUACUGAAAAUACUGUGUUAACAGAAGAACCACAAGAAACAUCUAAUAGUAAAAGUUCUGAGACACAGAAGGCAAAACUCCCAAGUAAUCCAAAUAUAGAAAGUAAUAAUGUACCAAUGGUUACAUCAGCAAGAAACUUAACUGAUAAUUGUUCUAUUGUAAAAGACAAAGCUACAGAACUUGCCUCUAAUGAUGUAUGCAAUGAAUGGUCAGACAAAUCAAAGUUAAAACCUGACCGUCCUUCUACAUCAUUUAAUAUCUUUUCCAGCUUGCCAUUGCACAACAGUAAAAAUACUUUUAUUCCUAUAAAUGAUAUAGAGAGCUUCAAGCCAGUCCCCGAAUCAUUUGACUCAACUGACAAUUCUUUUGGUUUGCCUUUACAGUCUAAUGAUAUUUCUAAUGAUUUAUUUGCCUCUUUACAAGUACCAUCUGGUGGCCAACAUCCUGAAUCUAUCUCCCCAACUGCUGCUUUUCUGCUAGCUUUUCCACUUGUAUCAACAUCCAAAGCAACUGAACUGGAUGAUACAGUGUGUGAAAAUACAGACAGCCAGCCUGGAAUGAAAACUUUGCUUCAAAUUGGCAAUUUAGACUGUGAUACUCCAGUAACAAAAUGUGUCAGCGUUUUUUCUUCAAUUGAGAAUAGUAAUGUUGUUUACAGUUCAUCAAAUGUGUUCAAUCAAGAUUCCCUUACAGUUUCUGCUAUUAAGAAUAGAAAUUCUACUGCUGAUGUCCUCAACUUCCCUGCUAGAGAAGCAACACAGAAAAGCAACAAUGAAAACAUGAUUCCUCUGAAAGAAAGCCCAAAUUUUGGGCAAAAGUGCCCUGAAUCUUCCCUGUCUAUUGAAGAGAGCGUUCCUUUCUCAUCAAAGGAACAUUAUCAAGCGGGUUGCUCCAGUAACAACAAACGAAUUUGUGCAUCAAGGACCGAAUCUAGCACCAUCUUAACAGUUUCUAAUAUCAAUGGACAACUUAAUGGAACAAGGGUGUCCACUAGAAAUGGGACUCUCCUGCAAGAAAGUGGUCCGAGCAAAAGUCCUCAAAAAUUAAUCCACCCUCAAGAGAAUGGAGGCUCAAUCACAUUCUUGGGCUGCGAAAAGCAAAGUGAUUGGCUUGAAAUGCCUCAGGCACCCCUUACAAUUUUUCCAGAUUAUCCUCCAACAAGUACUUCUAGAUCUGAUUGUGCUGUGAAUUAUGUACUUCCACCUGUUUUAAUGAGCUCAAGUGCAGGUGGAGAAGAACUACUUGCUCUUUCUAGAAGCCAAGGAUCAUCAUCAAUACCUUCCAGUAUUUUGUCCUGGUCAACAAUGUCUUCUGGGAACAUUCAAUCAUCAACAUCUACUUCAAAAGUAGUUAAUUUUCAAGAAAUGUUCCCUGUUACUAAGGCUUUAAACAAAACAAUUGAAUUGCAACAUUUAGUUCACAACCAAAAUGUUUCUUCGAGUUCAAGCCAAACUCAGCUGAUAACUACAUCUGCCACAACUUUAAGCCAUAAACUAAAUUCUGUUUUAUCUAAUUAUAGUGAAGUUCUUUCAAGUUCAUCUAAAAUUAGCAAUGCACUGACUGGAAAGCAGAUUACACACACCCAGAAUUUUGCACCACCUGAAAACAUCACAGAAGCAAGAAAACCCUUCCUGUCUGUGACUGCCACAAAAGAUUUAAUUUGCAAUUCAUCAGAAGUUCCUAAAAUGUCUUCAAAUUUUUGUGGAUCAACCACACAUUUGCAGACAAGAACAGAAGCUACACAAUCAAGCUCUACAAAAAUGAUGUACCUUUCCUCAGAAAAUAAGUUAUCUAAAGCAAAUAAUGUUUAUUUUGAGGAAAAGGUAGCAUCUCAAAAUGUGAAGAUAGGAAUGAGUGCUAGUCUAAAUAGCUCAUCCAAAGAUUCCAGUAGUCUGUUGACCUAUAAUCAAAACAAUGUUGUUGUAGCAGUCCCGGAAGUGAAGCAGAUUCAUUCUAAUUAUAGCCACAUACCAACUUUAAAUGUUAAAGGAGCAGCAGGACAAAACAACAUAGUUGGAAACAACUAUAAUCAUCAAAACAAUACUCUACCUAAGCAAAGUCCUGGUUCCGGAAGUCACUAUUCUACAGGGAUUUCUAGUGUUGCAGAUCCAAAAAAAGAUGUGUCUACCUUCACUCAUAAUAGUGGAGCCUCUGUUGAAGUUUUAAAGCAAACAUCAAGCCUUCAUUAUAAUCAAGAAAAUACAUCUAUGCUACAAUUUGGAAGUAAUUCAACCAAUUUACCUUCAAGUCACCAGGGUUCAUAUAACAGUAAGCCAAACAAUCAGAACGGACAGGAAGACAAAUCUCAACCCGGUCAGCAGAGACAACUAUGUGUACGUGCAAAUAAUAAGGAAUCUGUUACAAAUUUACAUCGACCUCCAGUGAACUGGAUGACAGCUCCUGAUAUAAGAUCACACCAGCACCAUAGUGGACCAUCAUUUGGUAACAGCUCAAAUAUGAACAGCACUCAAGGUCUACUUUACUUGCCUGAGCACAUCAAAGAAUCUGAAAACAUUGGACCAGUUUUUGAUCAAACGGCGAAUUUCCAUUGCUUGGAUAUGGCUCACUCUUCACAACCUCUGUAUAAGGGAAAUGAACAUCAUCUCUUUGGAAAUGAUAGCAUAGAAAAUUUCCAUGACAAUUCAGCAUGGUCGCCUAGUAAAAGUGGAGGAUCUUCUAUGCUUGGAAACAUGAUGAUUCCAUCAACCUUACCAACACUUGUUGGUGACCUAGCUUUAGGAGACAACAGUAUUAGUCGACCCUUCUUACCAACAUUUAACAAUGACUCACAAGGAUGCCCCAAGAAGCCUGCAAGAAGAAUGAUAAAUGCACCUAGACGUUCUGAUAAAUGUAUUGAUGAAGCAAGUGUGACAACUGCAACUAUUGGAGGACAGGAAUGUGCUGGGUCAUUCUUAUCAGUUAGUCAGCUUGUUGACACCAGUAAUGUUGCAAAAAGUCGAACCACCACCAUACCAAAAGAAAGCCAUUUGUCAUACACAGGUCCCUUCAGUGACCAUGAUACAGUUUCUUGUCAAACAUCAAAACAAAGUACAUCAAAAUCGGUCUCAAGUAACUACUCUACUGAGGCCCUUUUAUCAUCAACAAUUCCUCUACAAACAAGUCAGACCAACAAUCGAAAACGCCGAUCUCAUGGAACCCAUUAUUCCAACAAUUAUGCUGGAACCAGUAUGCCAUAUCAAAAUACUAGUUCUGUUUCUUUACAGGCUCAGGGGCCACAGAAUCAAUAUCUAUCAGAUUUACCACGUUCAAAUGACUACCAAGGAACAUUCAUUUCUAGUGAUACAGUGCCUCCUUUCAUUCUUGGCAACCCAACCAGCAGAUCCCAUCGAAAUCAUUCCUAUUCACUGCAAAAUGUUACUGACAGGACAUCUGUUGAAGAUAAUUCAAAUCCACUCAAAUCACAUCAUCCAGGGGGAAUGCUGGAUAACAGUACAGGACGUCCCAGAACAAAUAACCAUAAUUCUACUAGUAAUGGCACUUCCACUGUAGCUGUUUCGUCAUCAUCCAAUAUAAUGGAUUUUGGUUACAUGAAUAUGACAUCAACAGUGCUUCAGGAUGAUAUUAACUUUACUAACCAUCCUCCUCCUCCUCCCUCUUUCUUACCCCACCAUUCGUACUCAAUGCCUGCUGCACAGGAUUCACUUUACUCUACACCCCGCCUUUCCAUGCAUCCAACUCAUCAUCCUCAAAAUAGCAACAUUCAAUCACCUAGUGCAACAACAUUGACCAACUUUCAUCUUAGUACAAUUUUCCCUGAAAUUAAUGAUAAAGUUAUAUGUUAAUAUAUACCUAGUAUUUAUUUUAGAAUUAAAUUUGUGCAAAUAUAGUUAAGUAAACUGUGAUUCAUUUGAGUGUUGUUUUUUAGUACCACCUAUAAAAAAUUAUAUAUUUCAGGAACUCUAUUUUUUCAGAUAUAUUGAGCCUUUCCUUAAGGUUGUAUACAUUUAUAAUAUGUAAUUUCAAGUAUCGCUCUUACUCUUGUUUACGUAACCUGGUAGAAAAUAUUGUGUAAGCAAAAUGUAAAAAGUAUGUGAAAAUUCUGUGUACUUUGAGGAAAUAGGUAUUAACUAUUUCUAGAGCCUUUUCUUGAGCUAUCAAAACAACUGUGCUAAGUUUCUAUGAAUUUUAUUUUUAAAAAUGUUUUAAUAAAUUGUUGACUCUUAUACUGUC